CAAUAUCAAGGGUUCUCACACAGUCCAGGGAACAGUAGUGAAGGUGCCCGUGGCGGAGCGCCGGGGUUGGUUUCUUAUUCCCGCCUUUCGCCUCCGGUCGGUGUCUUGCGCGCGCGUCCUCUCGCACUUUGGGCCCCUUGCCCGCAGCGCCAUCCGCGCCGCUGCGCAUGAUUCCCACCCUUAUGUUGGUCCGUUUUCGACCUGAGCAUUUUCUAUCAAUCAAUUCUUGCGACACGCAAGGGCAGGGCAGCGCAGCGCAGCUCAACGCGGCGCCGCGCGUGUCUCGGCCAAUAGGUUGCGCAGGUCUUCCUUCGAUUAAUCCGGGCUUGCCGGCUUUCGAGGAGAGGUUUUGCCGGUCGAGCUGGGUGUAAGGGCCGGGGGAAUUCUGCUUCUUCAGACGCAGGGAGUGACAUCCACUUCAUUGUGUCUUUGUUUCCACGCCAUACUUCCAUUCUCGUCACCUUCGACACUGUUGUGGGACUGUUGUUCGAGGAGGGGACUGGGCGGCGGGGCUUGGUUGGUUGGUGAGGCGCGGAACAGAUCUUCGCGAUGGAGGGAGAAGAGGAAACUCUCGCUAUCGUGUGCGACAAUGGCUCCGGUAUGGUGAAGGCUGGAUUCGCCGGAGAUGAUGCCCCUCGCUCCGUGUUUCCCAGUAUUGUGGGUCGACCUCGGCACACUGGGAUUAUGGUAGGAAUGGGAUUGAAGGAUGCCUAUGUGGGAGAUGAAGCGCAGUCGAAGAGAGGUAUCCUCAGUUUGAAAUAUCCCAUUGAGCACGGAGUUGUGAGUAACUGGGAUGACAUGGAGAAGAUUUGGCACCACACCUUUUAUAAUGAGCUUCGUGUGUCUCCGGAAGAACACCCGGUGCUGUUGACCGAGGCUCCUCUGAACCCCAAGGCGAAUAGAGAAAAAAUGAUCACAAUCAUGUUUGAGACGUUCGCGACCCCGGCCGUGUACGUUGCGAUCCAGGCCGUGCUCUCGCUGUAUGCCAGUGGACGUACGACUGGGAUUGUUCUGGAUUCAGGAGAUGGUGUGACCCACACGGUUCCAAUUUAUGAAGGGUUUGCCAUGCCCCACGCCAUCCAGAGGCUGGACCUCGCGGGAAGAGAUUUGACGCAGUACCUGUGCACAAUUCUGACGGAGAGAGGGUAUUCGUUUACGACCACUGCGGAACGGGAAAUUGUGAGGGAUAUCAAGGAGAAGCUAGGGUAUGUGGCAUUGGACUUCGAGAAGGAGAUGGACACGGCAAUCCAUAGCUCAUCGCUGGAGAAGUCGUACGAGCUGCCGGACGGACAGGAGAUCAGUAUUGGAGCAGAGAGGUUCCGCUGUGCGGAAGUGAUGUUCAACCCUGCGCUGGUUGGGCUUGAAGCGCCGGGUAUUCAUGCCACUACCUACAAUUCGAUCAUGAAGUGCGACGUGGAUAUCAGAAGAGAGUUGUAUUCGAAUAUCGUUCUCAGCGGUGGCUCCACGAUGUUCCCUGGAAUAUCUGACAGGAUGAGCAAGGAGGUGUCGACAAUGGCCCCGCCGACGCUGAAGAUCAAGGUCGUCGCGCCGCCGGAAAGGAAGUACAGUGUCUGGAUUGGUGGGUCUAUCUUGUCCUCGUUGAGCACGUUCCAGCAGAUGUGGAUUGCGAAGGCCGAGUAUGAUGAGGCCGGACCGGGCAUUGUUCACAGAAAGUGCUUCUAAUCGACAGGUAAACGUUGUCGGGCUCAUCCCGUUUAUGGCUAUGGCUUGCAGCAAAGUGGUGCUGCUGCUGCAUUGGCUGUUGGGACAGACAAGAUAGAUAGAUUUGCUGCCGAUGAUUGGUGGCGAGACAGAUUUUUUUCUUUGUAGUAGAGGGUUUGGAUUGAUACAUAACACACACAGUGAUGCAUUUGUUUUUUGGGGCGGAGAAUGAUGGCCCUGGAUGGUGGAUGGAACUGUGAGGAGUGUCGCAUAGAGUGGGAGGCUGCUGCGUUGUCUUGGGGGGUUGAGGGAAUGGGAGGGGUGAGGAAAAAUUAGAAGAGAAGUUUGAUGAAGGUACCGUCGUUUUAUUGGGAUGAAACAGGACGGCGAAUACGAUGACGAGACUGAGGUAGGAAAGAGCGGGAGAGAGCAGUGGAAGGCGCAGUGGAAGGCGCAGUGACAGGAGAGAGCAGUGCAAGGCGCAGCAGUGACAGGCUGGUGAGUGGCAGGUGAACUGUGAGGAGAAAAGCAAGCAUGCGUUGAGCAGGCAAGAAAAGAAACGAGGAGGCAAGCGUCCUAUAUGAUUUUCUAUGCGUAGUGUUUGUAUCCGUCCCUCGUGACUGAAUCUGUAAAUGGUUUUCGGUCGAUGGAACAUACUUUUCUUGUCGCUCUUUCAAGCAAGCGGGGUAUGUAGGUUGUAGCUUUUCUCGACGCGCAGCUACGCUCUGAAAAGAAAAGCGCUACGAGCUGAAGACUCUUAUCGUUAAGAAGCUUGCGUUCCUCUUUUCAUUCUCUUUCGUCUGCUCUCUCGCAUUUAUGGCUUGGACAUACCGAGUUUCUCUCCGUCGCACUUGUCUGAUCUUCCUUUCGGAAGGCCUUCACGCGUAUCCGUUCCCGUCCUGCGGUGUUGGUGUCGUCGUUUUCGUCGUCUUUGCACGUCCUAUGUACUCGGGCCGGGCGUUGGGCGGGCGUUACUUGUGUCUACUUGCAUCGGGGAAGCAACGCUUAUGGCGGUCGCCCCUCCCACGACUUAUGUUAAUCAGUAGUGUCCUAGCGGUCUGAAAGAUGUCAAGAAAUGGGGAAUGAUUGUGAAGUGUUUGAACUCAUUUGAUUUCUUCCUCGCGUCGCAUCGUUGCAUUGACGCUAUGCGAUGCGGUGUGGGUAUAUAUACGAGAUAUCAGUCGAUAGAGGUGGAGGGCGACACUUGUGAGGGCGAAGCAUAUACCUCGCCGGCGAGAGCGUUAAUGGUUUUCACUGUAGCGAAGGGCCUCGUUCUGUCGCUGGAUUUGCUGGAGGGCAUGUGUCUAGUCGGGAAGUCUAAAGCUUUACGGGUACAUGCGAUAGAUAUACAAGCUCUACGGGAGCAUACGAAAGAAUAACCUCUGCAGGCGCUCUUCGGGUGAUGUGAGAGAUGGGGGAAAAAGUGCAAUGAUUGUGUUCGUUGGGUCCGUUCCGAGAACCGGCCAAUCGACUGUGGCGUUCGCAGUGUUAAUGCGCGGAUUGGGCCUUCAGCGUCGGAGUAACAGUUUCUGUCUAUCUGUUGCAGGCGCGCUGGAAGAAACGCGAUGGGAUCGUGAGCUCGGUUGACAUGGAGAGCCGCAACAGUGGUGGGGUUCUCGACGUUCCUGUAGGGCUGUUCAGGAGAGUUGAGUAGCUAGAUUGACGGGACGUG